AUGAACUCUCUCAACAUAAUCACCGCACGCGUUUCGCCCCCGUCGAGCCCCGUACAGUCUCGCUCCAACAGCAUCGCCUCCAUCGAGCUCGAGUCUGACGAAAAGGGCUCUGGGCUGGCCGAGGACACGCCAGAUGGACGCCGCGACUUGGGUCUCUACUCGGGCAACGGUGGCGCCUACAGCGAGUCGGCGCGCUACGCUGACGAAAAGAGCGAGUCGCCCGGCGAGAACACCCCGCUGCUUCACGAAAAGGAAGGCAAUCGCCGCGGCAGCUGGUGGCACUCCCUGCCCCGGAGUUUCGCCUCGAGCAUCGUCAGCUCCAUCCGCUGGAUCUUUGCCACGCUGACGUCGCCCGGCGUCUACCUCAUAGCGUGCUUCUACGACGAGCAGGGCAUCUUUGCGCCCAUGACGCAGCUCAAGAGGCUGUUUGGCGUUCGCAAGGGCGGCAUGGACCCUUAUGAGGCACCCGAAGCCCACGGAGGCCGGCGCUCCUCGGCCUCCAACUCGCCUUCCAAUGGUCGGACGUACCGCACCCUCGCGCCACGUCCCACGUCGUCAUCUGGCUCCUCCACGUCCGGCGCAUCCUCCGAGUCCGAGUUGGACGACUCCAAAGGCGGCGCGAAGAGCAAGCAUGCUAGGUCCAAGUCGCUCAACCCCGCCGAGGAGCUCAACACGGCUCGGCGAUCGAUCAGGAUCAAGCUGCACAACGACGAGGCCCUGAAGCAGCGCAAGCAUCGCCGAACGCAAUCGGCCGUCGCCCGGACAAAGGCGAGCGAGGAGGACCUCUCGGCGCAGCUCAAGUCGCCGACAUCACCCAUCGCCGCCCUCACCAAGUACCCGAAGACGCCCGCGCCGCCGCGACCGCUGAUACCUCGGCGGCAGCCGUCGUACCUGAAUAUCGAGACGCCGAUCAAGCAGCAGAAGACGCUGAUCCUGGACCUUGACGAGACGCUUAUACACAGCAUGUCCAAGGGCGGGCGCAUGAGCACCGGACACAUGGUCGAGGUGCGACUCAACACGGCCUCUCUGGGCAUGGGGGGCGCGAGCACCGGCGCGGCGCAGCACCCGAUCCUGUACUGGGUCAACAAGCGGCCGUACUGCGACGAGUUCCUGCGACGAGUGUGCAAGUGGUUCAAUCUGGUCAUCUUCACGGCGUCGGUGCAGGAGUACGCGGACCCGGUGAUCGACUGGCUCGAGUCGGAGCGCAAGUUCUUCUCGGCGCGGUACUACCGGCAGCACUGCACGUACCGACAGGGAGCUUACAUCAAGGACCUGAGCUCGGUGGAACCCGACCUGAGCAAGGUGAUGAUUCUGGACAAUAGCCCGCUGAGCUACCUGUUCCACGAGGAUAACGCGAUACCGAUCCAGGGCUGGAUCAACGACCCGACGGACAACGACCUGAUGCACCUGGUGCCGCUUCUCGAAGGCCUGCAGUACGUGCACGACGUGCGGGCGCUGCUGGCGCUCCGCGGCGGCGAGGAGGGACAGCACACGGCGUAG